CUCCAUACAUUCGAGUGAAUAAUAGAAUAAAUAAAGGAACGAAUAACAACAACAACAACAAAAUCUGUUAUUUUAUGCAAACAAGGUGGCUGUAACCGAUAGUUCACAAAACACUUUCAAAACACUCUAUUCUUUCUAUCUACGAUAGUUAGGUGAUCAUCAUUCGAAAAGAAAUACAAAUAUGAAAUAACUGGCAUACUAUUUUCAAUGAAUUAUUUAAUCGUGUUCAAUUUCGCUUUGACUUAUAUUAUUACACACGGAUUGGCCAGUAGUCUUCCAGAAGAAUAUGAAGCUCAAGUGAAGAAUUAUCCAGAUAUAAUACAAUCCAAGGAACAGUGUUUACCACAACAAGGAAAUUAUGAAUAUUCUAGUACACUUGUAUGCGAUCCAGCUGGUUUAUUGUCUGUUUCACAAAUCAAUAUGUUAAAUGCCAAGCUACAUCACAUCAAAACAUCUGUGAAUUUCGAUAAACCCAGCUGUGACGUAAAUAACCCACGACCUGUAAUAGGCGUAGCAAUAGUUAAAAAGGUAGAAGUUGAUAAUAUGGAUAAAGACAGGCUGUUGAGUUAUGCUGCAAUAUUCUCAUACUACCUAUUUAAUAAAUGGAACCUACCGUCUCACUGUCAUUCAGAAUCUGGUAAAAUAAUUAUAUUAUACUCAAAAGAUGAUGGAGUGUUGUAUACCAUUGCUGGAAACCUACUUCGACGCAAACUUACAACUAAACAGAUAAUCAAUAUUGCUAUACAGUCACGAGUACAAUUUUCAACCAGUAUAAGUGAUGGUAUCGCCUACAUUAUAGAAAAGUAUAGGGAAGCAGUGGAAUCGAGAUCGAAGGACCUAUUCGACAAAGUCUGAUCACUCGAAAUUCAACCUUCUGAUUCAAAAGGAAAAUUUUUAAUUUUAAUAUCUGCUACGUACAAUUUAUCUAUUAAACACAGUAUUUUAUUCUUGCGCUUAUUAUUAGUUCAUUUUAAGUAAAAUUGUAUUCCCUGAAUCAAAUUAAAAAAUUAAAUUCAUUGUAAGUUAUGCAUUGCGAAAUUAUUUAUUUGGCAUAUUAUAGAAGGU